CUCAUUCUUCUGCACAAACAUCAGUAUGCCUACGCACAAGUCCAGCUAUCAUUUGUGUUCAGGAAAACACAACAGGAAUGAAUGGAACAAUAGACUCCUCUGAUUGUAGAUGCCUGUCAGCUGGACAUUCAGCCUGUGUUUCUUCUAUCAUUUGGUGUAGUUUAUGUUUGAGUGGAAUAAGCUUUUUUGCGUGGAGUAACCCCUCAUAUACCCCAUGACGUUUUGCAGUGGAUGCUGAUGGAUGAAAAAUGGAUGGCGUGUUGCUCAUUCAUCACACGCCUUUUCAGCAAUGGAACCGAAUGAAUAUAUCAGCGUCUGAAUACGGGGGCUAACACAGCAAUGUGACAGAAGGAUUGGUAGAUCUGCAGCCCCGCCCGUGCUUCUGUCCCAGAAUGCUGAGUCCAGUUCUCUGUUCAGACCUUGCGGUCUUGGAGCCAGACUACACAGAAGCUGAUGUCAUCUCUACGGUGGAAUUCAACCAGACAGGAGAGUUCUUGGCCACAGGAGAUAAGGGUGGGAGGGUUGUCAUCUUCCAGAGAGAGCCACAGGGCGAGUAUAAUGUUUAUAGUACAUUUCAGAGUCAUGAACCCGAGUUCGAUUACUUGAAAAGUUUGGAGAUUGAGGAGAAAAUAAAUAAGAUUCGUUGGCUGCCUCCACACAACCCCGCCCACUUCCUCCUCUCCACCAAUGAUAAGACCAUAAAGCUGUGGAAGGUGAGUGAGAGAGACAAGCGAGCAGAAGGUUACAAUCUCAGAGAUGAGGAGGGAAGACUGAAAGAUCUUUCGACCAUCACCACUCUACAGGUUCCGGUCCUGCGGCCGAUGGAUCUGCUGGUGGAGGCGACGCCGCGUCGAGUUUUUGCAAACGCACACGCGUAUCACAUCAACUCCAUCAGCAUCAACAGCGACUGUGAGACGUACCUGUCCGCGGAUGACCUAAGGAUCAACCUGUGGCACCUCAGCAUCACUGACCGCAGCUUCAAUAUUGUAGAUCUGAAGCCAGAAAAUAUGGAGGAUUUGAGUGAGGUGAUCACAGUGGCAGAAUUUCACCCUCACCACUGCCACCUGCUGGCCUUCAGCAGCAGCACAGGAACCACGCGUCUCUGUGACAUGAGAGCACGCGCUCUCUGUGACCAACAUGCCAAAUUGUUUGAAGAGGCAGUGGAUCCAUCUCGGCGAUCGUUCCUCUCAGAGAUUGUUUCUUCGGUGUCAGACAUAAAGUUUAGUCACAGUGGUCGCUACCUGCUCACCCGAGAUUACCUCACCGUUAAAGUCUGGGACAUCAACAUGGAAAAUAAACCAGUGGAAACAUACCAGGUCCACGACUACUUGCGAGGCAAACUGUGCUCUUUAUACGAGAGCGACUGUAUUUUUGACAAGUUUGAAUGUGCGUGGAACGGAACAGACAGCGUUAUAAUGACAGGGGCUUACAACAACUACUUCCGAAUGUUUGACCGGGCGAGCCGACGUGACGUGACUCUGGAGGCCAGCCGGGAGCUGUGUAAGCGCAGGGCGGUCCUGCAGCCGCGACGGGUGUGUGUGGGGAGGAAGAGGAAAGAGACGGACGUCAGCGUGGACAGUCUGGACUUCCGCAAGAAAAUCCUCCACACCGCCUGGCACCCCAAAGACAACAUCAUCGCCAUCGCUGCCAGCAACAACCUCUACAUUUUUCAGGACAGAAUGCCGACCCACGGACAUCACCAUGCACAACAAAUACAAAGCGCGCCUCCCGAAUGAGACGCUCGGACCAGACUUCUGUAAAGUUACACUCGGCACAACACACGUGCUCAAGAGCUGUUGUUUGCCCUUUAACAUCACAUUUCUCAUCUGGAUUCAGUGACGCCAGCCUCAGAACAAUCAUAAAAACUAUGAUAUGUAUAUAAGCUUAACAAUAAGAUCUAUGGUCCUGAAUGAGAAUGUAUCGCAUGGCAUGCAGUAUGAACAUUCUGAGAAGGAAGGUUCAGCUGCUCUGAAGCAUUCAGAUCGCACAUGCAUGUUUACAAAGCUGUUUGCUUCUAAACAGGGCUCAUUUAACUAUAGGAUGAUUGUGAUGAAUCCGAGCCUUUCCCAUGCUUUAUAGCGCUCUGCUUGUACAGAAUUAUGUCUGUUCUUCUCAGGCUGGAAUUUUCAUGGGUUUGCUCAGGGACACUCAUGGCCUCUUAAUAUGUUUAAAGGCAAAACUUACAAAAUGAAAUCCAGAAGCAGGGGUCAGAAUGCAGGAAUUAUGGGAGACUGCUGAAAGGAAAACAGCACGUGCAGGGAUCAGUUUUAAUGCCGAGUCAUCACACCUCAAAAACAUUCCCACUUCAGGCGUAUGCUUCCUAGCGCGCUGAUUUGACUGUUUUAUAUAAUGGAUCCCAAAAUGGAUCAUUUACUCACCUUCAUGUCGUUCCAAACUAAUACGGCUUUCUUCUGUUAAACACAAUAAGGAGAUAUUUUGAAGAAUGUAGACUCUGCUCCUUUGUAUUGAAUGAAAGCAGCAGUGACCAGGGCUUGUCAAGCUUCCAAAAGUACAAUAAAACACCAUAAAAAUAAUUGCUAUAGUGUGUGCUAUAUUCCAAGCCAUACAAUUUGCUUUGUGCGAAGAAGAGACUGAAAUUCAAGUUGUUUUGACAGAAUCUAAGAAGAACAUGCGUCAUGAUCCCAAUAUACCAGUAUUGGCAAAACUGAUAUUAGUAACUGAUUUUGGUAUUAAGCUAAUAUUACACAAAUGAUAAUAGUAAAUCAUUUUGCCAUAAGAGCCACAAUAGUUACAACUCACUUGUGCUUUAUGUGUGAUUGGCCAAACGAACAUUAGUGUUUAUCAGUAUAUACAGGAUAUUUUUUAGGUUCUAUAAAUAUCACAAUAAUAUUAUUAUCAUUCAUUAUUUUGGGCUUGAUAAUUGUGUAGUGAAAAUCUGACAUUGUCACGGCUAAUAUUUAGAAACUAAUGCUAUUUGUCAUUCAUGUCAAGCUAAGAAAAAGGAAUAUUCUACAAAUUUAAAUAUGGAAAACAAACAAAUGACAAUCAUUUUCUGCAAAUAACAUCAUUGUUCCUUAUCUGAAGCUAUUACAUGGCUUAAGGAAACGUUUGUUUGGGACUUUUUUUAAAGGGAUAGUUUAACAAAAAUCUUUUACUGACCUUAAAGUUGUUCCAAAUCAUGUAUAAAUUUCUUUAGAUAUUUGGAAGAAUGUUUAUAACCAAACAGUUCUUGGCCACCAUUGACUACCAUAGUAGGAAAAAUUACUUUAGAUCUUUUUGUUCUGUUGAACACAAAGGAAGAUAUUUUGAAGAAUGUGGGAAAGCAAACCGUUCUGGGGCACUUUUGACUACUAUUGUCAUUUUUCCUACUAUGGUAGUCAGUGGGGUCCAAGUUUGGUUACAAUCAUUCGUCUAAAUAUACUUCUGUGUGUUCAACCAAACAAAGAAAUCGAUACCGGUUUGGAACAACUAGAGAGUGAGUAAUUCAUGACAGAAUAUUCUUUUUCGGGGUGAACUAUCCCUUUAAGGACUUUCUUGGCAUUUUCAUGGUGAUUUAUUGUCCUGUUCAGAACUUGGCAACCCGUUGUCUGUAUGCUCAAGAGCACGGUCUUUAAAACCUCUUUUCCAGUUAAGACGGAGGUUAAGCAUAUGGGUUUAAAACAACACGAGGGAGAGUAAACGGUGAGAGAAUUUCCAUUUCUGGGUGAACUAUCCCUUCAUUUAGAUUCUCAAAGUCCACCUUUAAGGUAAAAUCCCAAUUGUCCUGUAUCAGAUAUUUUCAGCAUGAUGCCUGUUGGUAAUUUUGGUCUAAAUGAUUUAUAAAACAGAAUUAACGUCCACAAGAUAGCAUUCCUGGUUAUUGUUUUCACCCUAAAAUGAGUCACAGGUGUUUCUGGUGUCAUCAACUCAAUUCAUCUCACAGAAACGAUGCGGUGUCGUUUACCUUGGAAUUUUAUUUCAUUUAAAAUAAUUCAUACAAAUGCAUACAGUCACAAACAUUUCUUUUUGGAUUCUGUUUAACAAAAAAUAUUCAUAUCUCAUAGUAUAUAUAGUAUGUAUAUUGCUAGCCUACCACUUUACCAGGAAGGAAACUAUGUAGGCGAUGGAGAGCUGCAACUAUCCCGGUGUCCUCGAAAAACACGGUACAACCAAGUCACACACAAACAGGCAAGCAUUACGCCAGCUUUGCACAAGACAUUUUUUUUGUUUUUGUUUACUUUAUGUUUCGAAAACUGAACAUUUCUGUUUUCUUUUUUAACACGUAAGGUAAUACAUGCUCCGUAAAUGAAAAUAAAAACAUACUGAGUGUUGUUCAUUACUGUACUGAAUUUUGACUACAAAAAGACAAAUGGGUACAAAACAAUGCACUAUGCGGUUUAAUUUAAAAGGAAGGAAGGGGGAAAUAAAUUUUCCUGAGAGGGUGUGCAAAUCCCGCCUCUUUCGGGGCUUUAAAAAUAAAACAAGUGAAACGAAUAGACUUUUUUCUUGUAACUAUAACCAGGUGGUGAGAUGCCCCCCGUAAUGCUGUUUCCGUUUUUUUCUUUUCUACAAACCACAAACAGGUUACAUUCAUGUAAUAGCUACUGUUGCUUUAACAACGAAACCCAUUAGACAGACAAAAUAACAGAUAAAAGAUCGCCCACUGCACUUGGACAGACUACAAUCUAAAACAGCAGGAUUUUGCCUCGGGGAGAAGUUUACUUUGUUAUAAAUCCACAAGAUUUUUAUUUCUUUUUUCCCCCACACUAGAUACUUCAAAGAGCUCAGUCCGUCACCGUCAGUCAAAGAGUUGGCUACUUCAAAGUCGCUGUUAUGUUUUUUUGGCGGCUGGUUCGGAGCCCGGGAGCCUGUUUCCGC